AUGUCCCAACAAUCAUAUGCAUUCAUGCUUGCUUCUUAUCUUCUCGUUUGUUUAUGCAUAACAAUGAUUGUCAUUCAGCAUUGCCAUGCAUGGAAUGAUGAUUUAUUAACAUUAGCAAAUGAAGAUAAGAUCAAACAUCGACUCGUGCGUCGCUAUCCGAAAACACUCACUCAAAUUUUACAUGAAAUUUUGCAACGGGGUGAAAUUCAAAUACAACCGCAUCGUCUCAACGAACUUCGUUAUCGCCUUGACCGACAAAAGCAUUCGCCCUAA